AUGGCCUAUAAUGAGGCAGAUAAAACGCAUCAUGGACUUGACAGCCGAGAGAAAAGUAAGAAGCCAAGGAUGUAUGAAACGGGGGAUGACUUCUGCUCACUUAAAAGCUUCGAGAAGUACCUUUCAAAGCUCCACUCACAAUGUGGAAGAUUAUUUCAACGGCCACAGCGGGUAUUUGCAGGUCCCGAGUCUGAAACCUGGUUUGAAAACUCUCCCUUGGGCAUUAACAAAAUAAAUGGCUUUAUGGCAAGGCUAUCGGAAGCAGCAAAACUGUCACAAAGGUACACUAAUCAUUGUAUUCGGGCAUUUGUGUCAACGCAUUCGAGUCGCAAAGGGUUUUCGAAUGAAGCAAUCAUGGCUGUUACUGGACACAGGAAUGUACAAAGUCUGACAUCUUACAUAAAACCACAUGAUGAUGAAAAACAUAACGUUAGUAAUGCACUCACCUACAAAAGCAGGAAUUCUUCUGAGGUCAAGCCAUAUAAUCCAGUAAGUUCUGUGGUCGUACCAGAACCAGUAGUAGAAAUUGAAACAUCAGAGCCUAAGGAUCAACUCCAGUCACUGGACCAGUGUAGCCAGCUUCAAGUUGCUUCUUCAAGUUCAACAUCUCUUAUCACUUGGAUAUUAUAUUUGCACACAGUUUACUGCAAUUUGUUUGCUGUUGCAGACAAUGGUGGAAACCCAAACGUCGGAGGUAGCAACUUGCCUCUUAGGGGAACAAAAAGUACAUUAUGGGAAGGGGGAAUACGUGCUGUAGGAUUCGUUCACAGCUCACUCAUAGGCAACAAAAGGAACGGCUAUAUUUCGAAUGAGCUCAUGCAUGUUACCGACUGGUUUCCCACGCUCGUCAAUCUUGCUGGUGGUGAUUUGAAAAACAUAGAAGAGUUGGAUGGAUAUGACCAGUGGAAAACUAUUAAGUAUGGUAUUCGAAGUCCACGACAGGAAAUACUUCAUAACAUUGACCCGUUGUAUAAUUCUACAUUUUAUACAAGAAGAUCUUCUAUAAGGAUAGGGGCAUGGAAAAUUGUAAUUGGACAGCUCGGUCCGGGUUCGCGAAAGAAGCAGUCUAGUGAUCUUCAAAACGUUUGCCUGUUUAAUAUUGAGAACGAUCCAUUUGAACAAAUCGAUUUGUCUGAAAGUUUUCCUGAAAUAGUACAAGAUAUGCUUCAAAGACUUGAAGAUUAUGAGAGAGGUUUGGUUUCAUGUCAAAUGCCAGGAGUUGAUUUGCGUGCAGACCCCAUACAUCAUGAUGGAUUUUGGCAACCAUGGCAAUAGAGUGAAAAUUGUUCGAUCCCAUUCAGUACAUCAGUGACAUAACAGGAUAAUUAAAAUCUUUCUAAAAUCCUGUUUGUUUUUAGAUUUCUUGGAUUCAAGCUUUUGUUAUACAAGACUUUUGAAGUUGUGUUUAUCGCCAACUCUUGUCAUUGCGAACACUUUUCAUUCGUUUGUAACAAUUGCAAAACAAGAUAUAAAUCCAUGGAAAGAUUGCAAUCGCAGAAAAGCAACAACAUAAAUUUUUACUUUUGCAGCUAGGGUUUUAAUGUUUUACAGAAACUAUUUAAUGUCUGAAUGGAAGAAGAUGAGAACUGAAAUUUAAAUCCAACUGGACACUAAUGGUGACUUAAUUAAUUUUUUUUAUGUUGCAGUACGAAAUGAUGAUAUUGACUAUAUCAAGAGAAGAAUUGAUCGUAGAAGUUUCAUAUCUGAGAAGCUUUGUUCAAGUUGGUGGUAAUUCAUCACUUGAAAUUUGAUAGCUGAAUCAAAAACAAAAGAAUCAAUUACAUGCACAUUAUCAACAUAUUUUUUAUUAACAAAAUAGCAGACAUUCAGUCCACCCCUCUAACUCACACUUGGGGUAUGCCUAAAUAAAGAGAUUUUAUGAAACUACAAUUAUAACCAUUUAUUAAGAAAAGAACAUACAUUUUCCAUUUUCUAUUACUUCAUGCAUCAAAGAUAUUACUUUUUGUCAUGACACCACAUGUUUAUUCAAACUUGAAAUUUCUUUCCUCUCAAAUCAAAUAGAGGAUCUACAGGUCCAAUGUAUAGUAUAAUUAAAAUUCAGUAAUACAUUACCCCUUCCCGCCCUAGUAAUAUUUCUCAGUUAUGAGAUGCUGCUUCAAUUUUAUCUUAUCAUUACAAACUUAACUCACUUUUGACGUCAAAUUGCUGUGUUUUAUAGUUUUACCAUUUACAUUUAAUUCAGUGUUUCAGAUGCUAAACUGGUAUGUGAAUGUCACUUAUCCAGCAACAAAAGAAACAAACUACAAAUAAAGUCUGAUGAAAUUUAUUUUUAGAUAGUGGCAUAUAUUGGCCAUGGCUGUGAAUAUAUAAUUUUGAAUAACUUUAUGAAUAAAUGCAAUGAUGAUAAUCUAUAAGUCUUUGUACCUAAAAUUCUGCUCCGGAAACGGUAGCAGAUCGGAUUUUUAUGCGUUAAAAACGCCAACAAAUGUCAUAAAUCUUGCAGCUAAUGUUCUUUUGUUAAUGCACUAGAUUCUAUCACACUUUUUACUCCGGCAACGGAAGCAAAAAUUUUAACCUAUAAAGUGUAUAGUCUGUAUAUAUUGUUUUCUGUUCUUCCAUAAGUAGAUCAAUGUAUCUUUUUAGAAAGUAUGCAUUUCUAUGACGCAUCCAGCCAUGACAAAGUGGGAUUGGAGCUGAAAUAUACAAAAGAAAAAAGGACAACAAACUAUUGAAACAAAAUAGGGGAGGGUGGGUGGUAUUUCUUAAGAGACUUAAAUUGAAAUAGUUUGACAGAGCACUAAAAGCACGUCUACCUUCGUUGGAAGUCAGCGAGAAAGAGGACGCUCCAAACGCGUGCUGAUCUUCUCAUUAUAGAGGGCGCUAUAAGCGCGUGCUAAUCUUCUCAUUAUAUUACGUCAUCAUAUUAAAAACCAAUUAACUAAUAAUUCGUUUGUGCUAGAUAAACAGUUUAAUCUUUAGCGAUUAAACUCAAUAUUAUCCAGCAACACAAGAAACAGACUACAAAUAAUGUUUGAUGAAAUUUAUGUUUAAAUAGUGGCAUAAAUUGGCCAUGGCUGUGAAUAUAUAAUUUUGAAUAACUUUAUGAAUAAAUGCAAUGAUGAUAAUCUAUAAGUCUUUGUACCUAAAAUUCUGCUCCGGAAACGGUAGCAGAGCGGAUUUGUUUGCGUUAAAAACGCCAUAAGGUACACUUACAAAAAAACGAGCAUUGUAAGUGGACCUUCCGCCAAAGCGGGAAAGCAUAAAAAUGAAGUCAACAGCCAUGGCCUGUAACCAAAUAACACUAUGACGUGGAGGGGAAUUCAUGUUUCCGUUGUAACUAAUAAAGGAACUGCAUCUGAAAUUGUAUUCAGCAUAAUAUCAUAUCUUUAUGGAGUUAAACGGAUGUCAUCGGGCAUA